AACUGUGGCCAUUUUGUAUUCUGUUACUACUCACCGGGGAAAGAGAUAAAAAGAGUGAUAACAGAAUGGUGGUUGGAAUGUGGAUUAUUGCACUUUGUCUCCUUGGCACAGUAGCAGGUAAAGAGGUUUGCUACCCCAGGAUUGGCUGUUUUACAGAUGACCCACCCUGGGCUGGGGUACCAGGGAGACUGCUGACAGGUUUGCCUGACUCUCCUGAACAUAUGAACAUCAGCUUCUCCCUCUACACCAGAGAAACAGGAAAUAACUCACAGGUGAUCUCAGCAAUAAACUCCUCAACCAUCCAGAAGUCACAUUUUUCCUCCCGUAGAAAUACUUCCUUCAUCAUUCAUGGAUUUGCCAGCACUGGAAAAACAGGCUGGGUGGUAGAAAUGUGCUUG